UGUAUAUUCUCCAAUCUCCAAACCCUAAGCAAUGGCCCUCCAAUGGCUGAGCCUAGUCGGAGCCAUAUGGCUCCAGUCCAUCAGCGGCUCCAACUCCAACUUCCCGGCUUACUCUUCUGAGCUCAAGCGCCGACUCUCCAUCUCCCAGCUCCAGCUCAACAACCUCGCGUCGGCUUCCGACGCCGGCAAGCUAUUCGGCUGGCUAUCCGGCUUAGCCGCCGCCCACCUCCCCCUCUGGCUCGUUCUCCUCAUCGGCUCUCUUCUCGGUUCCGCCGGCUACGGCUUCCAAUUCCUCUUCCUCGCCGACCUCCUCCCGCCGCCGUCGUACGCCGCCAUGUUCUUCCUCACCGCCGUCGCCGGAAACAGCAUAUGCUGGAUCAACACCGUCUGCUACAUCCUCGUCAUCAACAACUUCCCCCUCGACCGCCACGUCGCCGUCGGGCUUUCCGGCAGCUACGUCGGGCUCAGCGCCAAGCUGUAUGCCGACAUCGUCGACGCCGCCGUCGCCCCGUCGGCGCCGCCGCCGGACCGCGCCAAGGCGUUCCUCCUCGUCAGCGCCCUUCUCCCGCCCGCCGUGUGCAUAUCCGCUGCCCCAUUUGCCCGACCCGUUCAGGUCAACCCGACCCGGAAACUGACCCGCGGAUUCUUCGCCAUGUUCGCCGUCACCAUUGCCACCGGCGUCCUCGCCGUGACCACCAAUCUCACUGCGGUUCUGUCCCCCGCCUCCGUUGUCGCCGCCAUGCUGGCCAUGUUGCUCGUGCCUCUUUUGGUCCCUUUGUACGAAAAUGUCCGAGAAAGGAUUGAGCAAAAGUGCUCGAUCCGGAUCCAUAAUGUUAACAAUAUGUCGGCUAUUGAAUAUGGCGGGAAAAUUGAGGGUUGUGAGAUUAGGGAUUUUGAGGAUUGUUCUUCUAUCGAGGAAAUUGGGGCUAAAGCGAUGCUAUGCCGACUCGAUUUUUGGUUAUACUAUUUUGUGUACUUAUUUGGCGCAACGCUCGGACUGGUGUAUUUAAACAACCUCGGACAAAUAGCCGAGUCGCGAGGUUGUUUUAGGACUACUUGGCUCGUUUCUUUGUCGUCGGCUUUCACAUUCUUCGGCCGCCUCGUCCCAUCGCUCCUCGACUACCUUUGCUCAAAGACUAAAGUAGGGAAGGUCUCGGGCGGGGGCGCAAUGGGCGCAAUAAUGGUCCCUAUUUGCGGAGCGUUCUUCAUGUUGCUCAACAAACACACAAUGUUCCUUUACACAAGCACUGCUAUUAUAGGCACGUGCACGGGCGCCCUAUCCUCAAUCGCAGUGACGACAACAACAGAGCUCUUCGGGGUAAAAAAUUUUGGGGUAAAUCACAACAUUGUGGUGUCGAACAUACCGAUUGGGACGUUCUUGUUCGGGGAUUUAGCGGCCCUAUUAUACAACAAAUUUGCAAGUUUUGAAGGCAAAUGCAUGGGCCAAAAUUGCUACCAAACCACAUUCAUUAUUUGGGGGAGUUUGUGUGGCUUAGGGAUCUUUCUUUCUCUCAUUCUUCACAUAAGAACCAAACCACAUCGACUUGUAUAAAUAAUUGUAGCCUAUGACUAUACAUACAUACAUGCUCAUGCUAUAGGGGUUGGUAUAUUUUGCCGAGUUUUCAAAAUUGUAUAUUAUUGAUAGUGAAAUGAGAGAAUUAUAGUAUAAAUAGAUAGAUUCGAUAUUAGAAUGAUAUCUUGAGAUAUUUUAGAUAUUCAGUUUUUAGAUUUAGUAAAUUUAGAUUUAGAUUUGGUUUUAUCUUAUUUAGAUUUGAGUUUAUCGAGUCUGUAUAUUAUACCUAUUUAUAGACCUUUAUUUUCGUUAUGAAUAACAAUGGAAUUUUUGAA